AAAAGAGUAAUUUAACACCUUUAAGUGUUCUUCGUUUACUAGCAGACUGUGCUUACGGACAUGAAAUCAGAUUUAAAUGCAGUUCAACACUCAACAGUCCACACCUCUUCUCGCUCAAAUCAUUCUGAAAUUUGUUCACUUUCUUCUCCAAUCACAAUUUUCUCUCUCUGCAGAUAUCUAUAGAUUGUUGGAGACAUCUUUUGAAGUUUGAAGUUUGACUUCUUCAGGGUCUGUAAAUGAUAAAAUCGAUGGAUUUCUCAAAAGCGGUAGGAAGCAGAGCAACUGGAAUGUUAUCUGGAUCGGAUACUUAUCACGCUUCAAAUGAUGCCCCUUUUUUCUCAAGUUCAUUACCAGUUCUACCUCAUGACAAGUGUGUGAAAGGAAAUGGUUUGCUUGAAGAUAUGGAAGAUGAUGGAAUUGGAAGCUUGUUACCUGAUGAAGAUGAGCUUUUAUCUGGCAUGAUGGAUGGUCUUGAUCUAAAUCUAAAUCCAUUUCCUAACCAUGAGUCGGAUGAGAUUGAUCUUUUCGGAAGCGGAGGGGGAAUGGAAUUGGAAAUGGAUCCGGAAUCGGAAUCAGAUAAUCAGAAUUUCAGCAUGUCAAAGGUAAGUCUGGGUGAUGGGAUUGUUAGUAGCAAUGGCAUGAGUCAAUACAUGAAUGGAGUUGGAAGUGGAACAGUUGCUGGAGAACAUCCAUAUGGAGAGCAUCCUUCAAGAACUUUAUUUGUGCGUAAUAUCAACAGUAACGUUGAGGAUUUAGAGCUACAAAUGUUGUUUGAGCAAUAUGGUGAUAUUAGAACACUGUACACUGCAUGUAAACACAGGGGGUUUGUGAUGAUAUCUUAUUAUGAUAUUCGUGCUGCAAGGACUGCUAUGCGUGCAUUACAGAAUAAGCCUCUAAGAAGAAGGAAAUUGGACAUUCAUUACUCGAUUCCAAAGGACAACCCAUCGGAUAAAGAUGUAAACCAAGGAACAUUGGUUGUUUUUAAUUUGGACCCGUCUGUUUCAUGUGAAGAUCUUCUUCAAAUCUUUGGGGCAUAUGGUGAGGUGAAAGAGAUACGGGAGACACCGCAUAAAAGGCACCAUAAAUUCAUAGAAUAUUAUGAUGUUAGAGCAGCAGAAGCUGCACUCAGAUCUCUUAACAGGAGUGACAUAGCUGGGAAACGCAUAAAGCUUGAACCUAGUCGCCCAGGUGGCGCCCGCCGAAACUUAAUGUUGCAACUAAAUCAAGAAUUUGAGCAAGAUGACGCACGAAGUUUCAGACUCCAAGUAGGCACCUCGAUUGCCAGCUCACCGCCAGGUGUGUGGCCACAAUUUGGCAGUCCAAUAGAACGACACGGUACUGUACAAAAUCUUAGCCACAGUUUACCUGGAUUGGCUUCAAUCUUGCAUCCACAAGCACAGCCAACAAGAAUAGCAUUACCACCAAUUGGUAAAGAUCAUUAUGGAAGAAGUAAUGGUAAUAAUACUCAGUUUGACCAGAUGUUCUCAACAAACAAUGGAUCUGUUUUUCAACAGUCUCGUUCGCUGCAAGGGACAGGGACAGGGACAGGGACAGGGACAGGGACGAUAUCGUCAUUUGGUGCUUCGAGCUCGACUACUUCAGGAAUCGAAACCUUAUCUGGUGCACAGUUUCUGUGGGGAAGUCCUACCCUUACCCCCACCACCAGUCAACCACCACCUCAACCUUUUGCUAAAGGGUUGACCACUCAUGGGUUUAGCGUCCCAGGGCAAAAUGGUCAUUUCCACCAUGUCGGAUCGGCUCCAUCUCCAUCCGGGAUGAUUCCAUUUGGUGGUGGCCGUCACCAUCAUGAUUUCAUGAGUCCUUCAACUUAUGGUGGCCAAAUGGAUCGUGGUUUCUUGAAUUCUCAUGGAUCUGUGAACAACAUUAUGGAAAACAGUUCAUCACCUAGUUUCAGCAACAUGUCAAUGUCAUCUCCAAGGGUAUUCCUUGGAAAUGGGCUGAAUUACUCUGGAAUAGGAUCCAUGAAUAAUAAUAAUAAAAUAGAAAGCAUGGCCAUGGCCAUGAACAUGAACAUGAACAUGAACAUGAACGGAGGAGGGCGGAAUCGAAAUGGAAACCAGCUGCAGAUGCAGAUGGACAACAAGAAACAGUUUCAACUUGAUCUUGAUAAGAUCAAGAGUGGAGAAGAUACGCGGACGACUUUAAUGAUAAAAAAUAUCCCUAACAAGUAUACUUCAAAGAUGUUGCUAGCUUCCAUUGAUGAAAUUCAUAGUGGUACUUACGAUUUUCUCUACCUGCCAAUCGAUUUCAAGAACAAAUGUAAUGUUGGGUAUGCGUUUAUCAACAUGCUUUCACCGAUGCAUAUAAUCCCGUUCUACCAGGCGUUCGACGGGAAAAAGUGGGAGAAGUUCAAUAGUGAAAAAGUAGCAUCAUUGGCAUAUGCUCGAAUCCAAGGGAAGGCGGCACUUGUCACCCAUUUUCAGAAUUCCAGUUUGAUGAAUGAAGAUAAGCGAUGCAGGCCUAUUCUUUUCCAUUCUGAGGACGUUGAUGUUGAUCAGGAUCCACUGGACCCGACACCAUUUUCAAGUAAGUAGUGCAAAAAAGGAUGUUGAAUCGUACAUAUAUGUUUAUUAUAUAUACAACAAGUAGGAAAUCCCACCAAAAGCAAAACCAAAAAACUAGGUGUGUUGCUAUUUUGUGAAGAAAAGAAUGAAAGAAAAUGAAUGUUUUGGUAGUAGAUAUUAUAAAGAGGUGAAUGGCCUUGAAAAUGUAUAGGUGGAGAUAAUCUCCUGUUUUUCACCUCUACACUUCAUUUUGGGUUUCUUUUGUUAACAAAUUUGAAGUCAUAUUUUGGGGGGCAAUUGUAUAGUGGAAAAAGGAAAACUUUAUAACUUUGUAUCUCUUGUGUUUGAUAUUAAUGACAGAAAAUCAGUG